UUAUUUUUUAUUUAUUUUUCAUAUACAAAUACAACCCCUCCUCCCACUCCGCCCACCCUGUUGCGUUCAACAUCCAACUCCAUUGUUAUAGGAACCCAAAUAAACCCAAGAACCCGUCAAAACCUCCAUUGAAGCCAACAAGAUCCAGUUCCCUCCGCCGUAAUCCUCGCCACUUGGCCCGACCCUUUAGGCUUUUCGUGUAGAACCUGAACCUUGACAGAAGGGUUUUUUGUGUCACUCUGUUUUCGUCUCAUGGAGGCUCUGCUUCCGUUUCCCACUCUCUGAAAAUUUUUUUUUUUGGUGGAAGGGGGUGUUCUUCUUUCCCAGGAUCCUUGGGCAAGGGACUGAUCGAUUUGCUGAUCUCCAGCUUUCGUUCUCUCCCUCGUUCAGGAUCCAAAGAAAGAAUUUUUUCUUUUUUCUUUUUCUUUUUUUGUUUUAAUACGCGGUUUUUGAUUCUCUGGUUAAUUUCCAAGCCUAAUUGAGAUUCUCAUCCUCUGUUCUGAAAAGAAAUCGGGAUUUUCGAGAAUCGUUAAGGUUUUAUGAUUCAGAGAUUUAUCUUUAUUUUUCUAAUGCCAAGAAAAGAAUUCCGAAGCCCAUUUCAAAACCCACCCAAUUCUGCCAUUGAACCAAAAAACCAAGAUCCCACCCCAUUUUUUCCUUCCAAAUUCUUGAACCCAUUUCCUAAUUUUCCGUUCUGACCCCAUUGGUAACCAACCAAACCAAAUAAUGUCCAGCCAGACUAUCGGCUGGCGCCGGCAACCGCUCCUGACAAACCAAGCCUCGUCGGGGAGCUGCCGGUUCGCCGAGGUCGCUGGCGGCACCGCUGCGGAGUGCGCGGCCGUGUGCUGCUGCUGCCCCUGCGGGCUCGUGAAUCUGCUGUACCUGGCCAUCUACAAGGUCCCGUCGACUCUUUGGCGGCGCGCGCUGAGGAGGAACCGCAGGAAGAAGCUGGUCAAGAAGGGCCUGUUUCCGCCGCGGCGCCGCCAGUUUUCGUGCGGGUGCGACGAGACCGAGAUACAGAUUCACCCUGUUGUGGCGGAGAACGGCUUGUCGUCGGAGAUUAAGCCGGCCCAGAAGGAGGAGUCGGAGAGGGAGGCGAUGGAGCUGGAGAAGGAGAUGUGGCAGAGGUUUUGCAGUACUGGGUUUUGGAGAAGUCCUUCCCAGAGGGAGUCCGAGUCCCCCCAACGGUAAAAAACGAAAAAGACUGUAAAAAAAAAAAAUAAUAAUAAUAAUAUCUAUAUUAAUAAAAAAAAAAAAAAAAAUUGCGUAUCACAUGAUUGGCCCCUCUCCUUGGCCCUUGCAGUUACUUUCACUGAUCACAGUUGGCGUACUUUAUUUAUUUUUCAUUGAAGUUUUGGUUUUGGGUGUAUGUAUGUACAUGACAUGAGGGAGGUGUAAUGUGGUGGAUGUGAUCAUGUGUCAAGUAGGCAUGCAAAUGCAUGUGUGGAUGGUUGUAAUGUAUGCAUGACUUGGGAAUGUUUUGUACAUUGCAAAAGGUUAUGGUUUAUUUAAUGCAGAUGGACUUUACUAUUGGUUUGAA